AUGCUGAGCGGCGUUUGGUUCCUCAGUGUAUUAACCGUGGCCGGGGUCUUACAAACCGAGAGUCGCAAAACUGCCAAAGACAUUUGCAAGAUCCGCUGCCUGUGCGAAGAGAAGGAAAACGUACUGAAUAUUAACUGUGAAAACAAAGGAUUUACAACUGUCAGCUUGCUCCAACCCCCCCAGUAUCGCAUCUAUCAGUUGUUUCUCAACGGAAACCUCUUGACCAGACUGUAUCCAAACGAAUUUGUCAAUUAUUCUAACGCAGUGACUCUUCAUCUAGGUAACAAUGGGUUGCAGGAGAUCCGACCUGGGGCAUUUAGUGGUCUGAAGACUCUCAAGAGACUGCACCUCAAUAACAACAAACUGGAGGUAUUGAGAGAGGACACUUUUCUAGGCCUAGAGAGCCUGGAGUACCUCCAAGCUGACUACAAUUACAUCAGCACCAUUGAGGCAGGGGCAUUCAGCAAACUGAAUAAGCUCAAAGUACUCAUCUUGAAUGACAACCUUUUGCUGUCUCUGCCUAGUAAUGUGUUUCGGUUUGUCCUGCUAACUCACUUAGACCUGAGGGGAAACAGGUUGAAGGUAAUGCCUUUUGCUGGCGUCCUUGAACAUAUUGGAGGAAUCAUGGAAAUUCAGCUGGAAGAAAAUCCAUGGAAUUGCACCUGUGACCUACUUCCUCUCAAGGCAUGGCUGGACACCAUUACUGUUUUUGUGGGGGAGAUUGUUUGUGAAACUCCUUUCAGGUUACAUGGGAAAGAUGUGACCCAACUGACCAGACAAGACCUCUGUCCCAGAAAAAGUGCAAGCGGUGAUUCUAGUCAGAGGAGCAGCCAUUCAGACACUCAGGUCCAAAGGCUGUCCCCUACAAUGAAUCCUGCUCUCAGCCCAACCAGGGCCCCAAAAGCAAGCCGGCCACCCAAAAUGAGAAAUCGUCCAACUCCACGAGUGACUGUGUCAAAAGACCGGCAGAGUUUUGGCCCUAUCAUGGUGUACCAGACCAAGUCCCCUGUGGCCCUUACCUGUCCCAGCAGCUGUGUCUGUACAUCUCAGAGCUCAGACAAUGGUCUAAAUGUUAACUGCCAAGAAAGGAAGUUCACUAACAUCUCUGACCUGCAGCCCAAACCUACUAGUCCAAAGAAACUCUACCUAACCGGGAACUAUCUACAAACAGUAUAUAAGAAUGACCUCUUAGAGUACAGUUCACUGGAUUUGUUGCAUUUAGGAAACAACAGAAUUGCAGUCAUUCAGGAAGGUGCCUUUACAAACCUGACCAGUUUACGCAGACUUUAUCUAAAUGGCAAUUACCUUGAAGUGCUGUAUCCUUCUAUGUUUGAUGGACUGCAGAGCUUGCAGUAUCUCUAUUUAGAGUAUAAUGUCAUUAAGGAGAUUAAGCCGCUGACCUUUGAUGCUUUGAUUAACCUCCAGCUCCUAUUUCUGAAUAACAAUCUGCUUCGGUCCUUACCUGAUAAUAUCUUUGGGGGCACAGCCCUCACCAGGCUGAAUCUGAGAAACAAUCAUUUUUCACACCUGCCUGUUAAAGGGGUUCUGGACCAGCUCCCUGCUUUUAUCCAGAUAGAUCUGCAAGAGAAUCCAUGGGACUGCACCUGUGACAUCAUGGGGCUAAAGGACUGGACCGAACAUGCCAAUUCUCCUGUCAUCAUCAAUGAGGUGACUUGUGAAUCUCCCGCUAAGCAUGCAGGGGAGAUACUGAAAUUCCUGGGAAGGGAGGCUAUUUGUCCAGAUAAUCCUAACUUGUCAGAUGGGACUAUUUUAUCAAUGAAUCACAACACAGACACACCUAGAUCACUUAGUGUGUCUCCUAGUUCUUACCCUGAACUACACACUGAAGUUCCACUUUCUGUCUUAAUUUUAGGAUUGCUUGUUGUUUUUAUCCUGUCUGUCUGUUUUGGGGCGGGCUUGUUCGUCUUUGUUCUAAAACGUCGAAAGGGAGUGCCAACUGUUUCCAGGAAUGCCAACAACUUAGAUGCAAAUUCCUUCCAGUUACAAUAUGGGUCUUACAACAUUGAAACAAAUGAUAAAGCUGAUGGUCAUGUCUAUAACUACAUCCCCCCACCUGUGGGUCAGAUGUGCCAAAACCCCAUCUACAUGCAAAAGGAAGGAGACCCAGUAGCCUAUUACAGAAACCUGCAGGACUUCAGCUAUGGCAACCUGGAGGAGAAAAAAGAAGAGCAAGCCACACUUGCUUACACAAUAAGUGCCACUGAGUUGCUAGAAAAGCAGGGCAAACCAAGAGAGCCUGAGCUGCUGUAUCAGAAUAUAGCUGAGCGAGUUAAGGAACUCCCCAGUGCAGGCCUAGUCCACUAUAACUUUUGUACCUUACCUAAAAGGCAGUUUGCCCCUUCAUAUGAAUCUCGACGCCAAAACCAAGACAGAAUCAAUAAAACCGUUUUAUAUGGGACUCCCAGAAAAUGCUUUGUGGGGCAGUCAAAGCCAGACCACCCUUUACUGCAAGCUAAGCCACAAUCAGAACCAGACUACCUCGAAGUUCUGGAAAAACAAACUGCAAUCAGUCAGCUGUGA